AUGGGAGAACCGGCUCUAUCUGGCAGCCUCCCCCGCCGCCCCCCCCCCGCCGCCGCCGAAGCGCACGACGAGAAGCGUGCGACGGUGGACCACGUCGCCGCCUCGCUCUCCUCCCUCCAUCUCCGUGCCGCGACCUCCCAGGACGGCUCCCUGUCGCUUGCGAACCUCGACUCCUGGGAACAACAGGUCGCUUCCCAGCCCAAGCUCCAGCUGACCCGCACCGUCCUGCACAACUCGGAGAUCCAGAGUGCUCUGCUCAGCCGGUCGGCGAAGGUCGCUGAUGCCCACAUCUUCAACACCCAGCUCGACUUCAAGACCGGCCCCGUCACUAACCAGAAGUCGUCGGGCCGGUGCUGGCUGUUCGCGACCACGAAUGUCCUGCGCUACAACGUCAUGAAGAAGCUGAACCUGGACGACUUCCAGCUGUCGCAGUCCUACCUGUUCUUCUAUGACAAGCUGAACAAGUGCAACUACUUCCUGGAGCUGUCGAUCCAGCAUGCGGACCUUCCAGUCGACGAUCGAAUCGUCUUCCACACAUCGCAGGAUCUCAUCAGCGACGGUGGUCAGUGGGACAUGGUCGUCAACGUUCUCGAGAACUACGGUGUCGUACCACAAGCCGUCUUCCCCGAGUCCCAGCACUCCUCCGCCUCAAGCCCGCUCAACACCCUGCUGAAGACGAAGCUCCGCGAGCACUCCCUCAUCCUGCGCACACUCCACGCGUCGCUGCGCGCGGACUCCUCGCUCUCCGACGCCGCGAUCAUGACCACACUCCGCGCAAAGAAGGAGGAGCUCAUGAAGGAGGUGUACACGAUCAUGACCGCGACGCUGGGCGUCCCGCCGCGCGCGAACGACAAGUUCGUGUGGGACUACUACGACAAGGACGGCAAGGCGGGGCACUGGGAGGGCACGCCGAGCGAGUUCUAUAAGACGUUCGCGUACGACAAGUAUGCGCCGUCGGACUCGUUCUCGCUGAUCAACGACCCGCGUAACGAAUUCGGCAAGCUCUACUCCGUCGACAAGCUGGGCAACGUCUGGGGCGGGCGUGAGGUGCUCUAUGUCAAGGCCGGGCAGCCCGUCUUCUUCGGCUGCGACGUGGGCAAGUUCCUCGAGCGCCAGGACGGCAUCAUGGACCUCAACCUCUUCGAGUACGAGAACGCGUUCGACAUCAAGCUCGGGAUGAGCAAGGCGGACCGGCUGCGCACGGGCGAGUCCGCGAUGACGCACGCGAUGGUCAUCUCCGGCGUGCACCUCGACGCCGCGGGCAAGCCGCUCCGGUACAAGAUCGAGAACUCGUGGGGCGACGCCAGCGGCGACAAGGGGUACUACCUCAUGACCGACGAGUGGUUCGAGCAGUUCGUGUACCAGGUCGUGGUCCCGAAGGCGCUCGCGCCGAAGGAGCUCGUGAAGGUGUAUGAGAGCGGCGAGAGGACGCUUCUGCCUCUCUGGGACCCGAUGGGCGCACUGGCAUAGACCGGCGUUGGGAAUGCGUUUUUGCAUCGUCAGCGGCUAUCCGUUAUACGUUGUGUGUAGUGCUGUAUAUGUUGUAUAUGGUAUUGGGCUGGGAAACUUUGUACACUGAAGGCAGUUGUUGUCCUGUCCUGAGGUUGGACAUCACACGAAGAACUGAGACAGGCAGUUGACAGCUGGAACUGGUAGUCACAAGAUGAGUAUGAGACUUCCUGA